AUGUACUUUAGAACCGCCAUCGUCUCCGCCAUUGCGCUCCUUUUCGCUGGCCAGGCUAUGGGCGCCGCUCUCAUCGCUACUAACCCAGAUGCUGCCUGUAACUGCCCAAACAACUGCUCCCAUAAGGAGGGCUCUAGUUGCAAGUAUUAUGCCGGUCCCUCCGACAGUUCCACGGUUGUUCAUGGUAAAUGCCGCUACCAAAACGCAAGAUUGACUUGCGUUCCAUAA